AUGCGUCAGAGGUUCCGCUUCACUGAUGACAAAAGCCACUGGCUUCAACAGCACCUCUCUGAUGCGGACGUUCAAAGCAUCCUUCAGGAGCCUAGGACUACAGCCCCCAACAAGCGAGCCGCCGGUCUUCUAACUGAGAAGUUUCGUGCUCACUUCACGGCUCCGAGUACGGGGGAAACGCAAGCAGCGUGGCUGAAGCGUUACAACAACGCGAGUCGCGAACGUCGCAACGAUCUCGUUCGCCAUGUUCCUGAAGAUAUUCUGGCAUUCAGCGCGCGCAUGCAGAUGCUGCCUAAGAACAUCUACAACUGGCUGCGCGAGAACCGGUACACGGGUGAACGUCUUAGAGGGCACGAUGGGCGGCGCCGUUCCCUGACCCUUCCGCGACCCCGGAAGUCUCGGACGAAGACCGGACUGGACGUCUUCCAGGUGUCGCCUGACGCUCCGCAGAUCGAAGUGCUCGACUUAGGAGGCCGUCCCAGGGCAGCGAUAGGUCAACUGCGCGCUGCCUGUGCCCACGCGUGGAAGAUUCUUCCUCCCGAGGAACAAGAUAUCUACAACGCCGUCGCCCAGGAGAAGAACGAGGAGCUUGCCGCAGAGCGGGAGGAGUCCGUGCCCAUUAAUGGAGGGUUCACCUCCUUGGAAAUCUCCAACGCGGUCGAUGACAGUAUGGACAUGAUCCACAACGUCCGUUGGGGUGGUCUGAUUUGCGUCGGUGGGCCAGACGAGACGGGCGAGCCUUCUGUGUACAUGACGUCGCGGGGUGUCAACAGACAAGGCCUCACCUUCCUGCAGGCCCUGUGCCAGACCGCUGGUUGGACUGAACAAGAAUUCUACCUCGUGCUCUCCCUCUGGGUGGAGCAGUCCCGUUCCGCUGACCAGGAUGUCGAGGCCGUUGACUUCGGACGGCACACCCAGCGUGUCAUGGAGGAACGUCGCGCAGACGAUGCGAGGGACAAGCUGCAGCGAGUCGUGCAAACCGCCCCUGUUGUCGAGGAUGUAGCUGUCUCUCCGGCCCCAAUUCUCACUGCUUGCAUCGAUCCGACUCUGCGAGCGCCGCCUACGGCACCCACUGCAGGACGGGUCAUUGAAGGCAAGUCUAUAGUGCAUGUAGGUGAUUCCAACGACGACUCCGGCCCGGCUGACAUGGCCGGCGCGGACAUGGAUGUCCAUGCCGAGGUAAGUGUGGACGUCGACAUUGCGGCGGCGGCAGAACACCCCGAACCCGCCAACGCGAGGCGGAAGGGCCAGCGCAUUGGAAAGAAAGGCGCGAAGACGAAGGGCAAGGCGAAAGGGGCGCGCAACAAGGUCAGUAAAGUUCCCAAGACGUCGGGAGUCGCGAUGCCCGACGCGAGCGAGCGCGGCUGUCGUGUCCCAUCCGUCCCGCAUCCGCGCGCAGACUGCACGCGCUCAGGGUCAAGAUCCGUGAGCAGUUCUCUCAUCUACUUCGCAUAUUGA